AUGUUAGAACGUGUUUUUGCUGUUAAAGAUCUUGGUUUCCAUCUAACUCCUUCUCUCUCCUUUCAGAACCAUAUAAAUAUUACCAUUGGUAAAGCACUGAAAGUAUUAGACUUUAUAAAACGCAACACAACCAAUUUUACAUCUAUCCCUUGUCUUCAUGUUCUCUACUUCACGUUGGUUCGAUCCAUCCUUGAGUACGGAAUUAUUGUGUGGCAUCCAUAUCUGGCCAAGGACCAACUCCGACUUGAUAGAGUCCAAAAUCGUUUCUUAGCAUAUGUUGCUUUCUUACUAAAAAUACCUUAUCCUCAACAUGAUUACACUUCUAUUAGCUCAACUCUUAAUGUUCCUUCCUUUGCUUCUCGUCGUCGGGACGCUGACAUUUCAUUUAUCACAUCUCUCAUCAAAGGUACCAUUGAUGCCCCUGAUCUUUUGUCAACUAUUAGUUUCCGUGUCCCUCUUUAUCCAACCCGUUCACACUCCUUAUUCUACAUACCAACACAUCUCACAAAUUACAAUUAUAAUCAACCUAUCCAUAGAAUGCUACGCUUCCUCAACUCCUCUUAA